AUGUUUUUAUCAAAAAUAUUUUCUUUUAGCACUAAAAACGAAGAAAUAAUAUACGAAAACAUUGCAUAUAAAAUGAUAAAAACAUGUCGUGAUGAUAAAAUUGUUACAAAGUUUGUUUAUAAAAGAAGUAUUAAGCAAUAUGUUCUUUUAAAUAAUAUACAUCAUGACAAUCUUAUAAAACCUACAAAAAUUAAUACAAAAAGCAAUAUUUUUUACACACAACUUUUAUUUCCGUUUAAUAAAGUGUAUAAAAGUGGUACCAAAGAAUUCAACAAGCAUAUAUUUUAUUGUUUAGCAAAUGCCAUAGAUUUUUUACAUAAAAAGUGUAAUAUUUUACACAAUAACAUAGAUAUUGAAUCAUUAUUUUUUACCGAAGAUGGAAAAAUAGUUUUAGGUGGGUUUGAAAAUUCGAAAACCACUUCUUAUCACGAUCCAGAUAAUAUCCAAUUUAGUAAUCUAGUACAGAAAUUUUUAAAAGUUUCUACAAAUAUAGAAAGUUUUAUUAAUGAAAAUAAGACCAGUUCGCAAUAUUUUAUUGACAAUGAUAUUUUUUUCUUUGGAUUUGACUCGCACAAUGUCGAGCAUAAAAUUGAGUUUAUACGUUCCGUCAAAGAUAAACACAACGAAUUUGUAGAGAUUUACAAAAAAAAAAUAAUACGAAUUUUUGUAAAAGAUCUAUCUAAAGACUAUGACAAAUUUUAUAAAGAAGAGAUUUUGAAUAUGAUUUUCAGUCUUGAUGUUGAUUGCUAUGAAGAUGUAUUACCUUCUUUAUUUUAUGUUUUGGAUUCUAAUGUCAGGUUGUUUUUAUUUAGAAAUUGUAAAGUUUACACCAAAAAAAUAGAAAGUUUAGAUAAAUGCUUAGAUUCUUUAUUAUUAGGUCUUAAAAUAAAAAAGAAUGAUUUAAGAAAGGAAACGAUAAAUUUUUUAAAACGCAAUUUUAAUAAAUUUACAGAUUUGUCUAUAGUCAAGAUAUUAGAAUAUAUGUUUGUUAAUAUUUCUGAGCCUGAAGAUAUUUUAUUAAUUUUAAAUUAUGUUAAUAGCACUAAACCACGUUUAUCUAAUACAGAUAUUAUUUAUAAUAUGUGCAAAAAAUACGUAACAAUUACCGGAUGUAAAAAUGAAACACUAAAAACCAUACAUUUAUUUUACACUUCAUUUAACAAACAUAAAGUCAGUGUAGAGUUAUUACCCUUACUGUGUACAUAUUUAGCGGAUUCUAAAGUACAGAAUUCGACAUUUCUCCUUGUAGAAGACAUUUUGGCAGAUUUAAAAUGCCAUAAAGAGAAAAUUUUGUCUAAAGAGUGGUCUUUCACUGACCUAUUUGGUAAUAACAAAACAUUAAAAUCUAAAAGUGCAGAAAAUAUCAACGAGAAGGAACAACAAAAUUCUGACGAGGAGUGGGAUGAUGAUUGGUAA